AUGCGAUGUGAUCCUACUGCAAUUGCCCGACCAGAAAAUAUAGACUCAUCCAAAAAUUCGUGUACAGUGCCAACGCUAGCUUCAGGGGACGUCCACGUGACUAUAGAUGUGAUCGACAUCAAUAGCGCAAAUUGCCAUGCUACGAGUGUAGACCUCAAAUCAAGUUUUCGAGACCUGCGCAGAGAUCUUCAGACAGGCGUUGCUCCCCUCCACUUCAAGGACCUGACCUGUUUUUUAUCAAGGUUACGCAAAUGUAUUCUAAAGUCCUGUAGCGCCCAGUUCGAUUGCGGAACAGUGACUGCAAUCAUGGGCCCAAGCGGAGCUGGGAAAUCCACCCUCCUGGACUAUCUUGGCCAAAGGAUUCAUAUAUUACGUUCGCAUUCAAUAAAGCUAUCCGGCAGCAUCUACUUGGGCUGCACUCCAAUGACCCCUAGCUUGUUCCGCGCGCGAUGCGCAUAUGUUCCCCAACAUGAUGCGCUUUGGAGUACCUUGACAGUCCGAGAACAUUUUCUAUUUUGCAUUGCAUUUCUUGAUGGAUGCUACAAGCAGGAACGUCCUGUGGUUUCCAAAGUUAUUCAAGUACUGGGCCUAGCUAGCUGUGCGGACACCAUGGUCGGGGGGCCAUUGGUAAAGGGGUGCAGUGGAGGGCAGCAGCGGCGUACAAGCAUCGGGAUCGAAAUCUUGUCGAGACCAGAGGUCCUGUUGCUGGAUGAACCUACGACAGGCUUGGACGCGGUUGCAGCUCUAAAUAUUGUUAGACUGUUGCGAUACUUGGCCAAUUCAGAACGAAUAACUGUUGUGAACACGAUUCACCAGCCAAGUUCGUAUAUCUGGGAGGAGUUUGACAAUGUCCUGCUUUUGUCGACUGGUCAAGUUGCAUAUGCCGGUAGUCCGCACGAUGCCCUAGCACACAUGCUCAAGCUGGGCGUCUAUGCUUGGCGGCUUCACAUUGCGCGGUCGCUCCAAGCCCACGUUUGCAGUGUCUAUUACAGCGGGAAAGGGAAGAUGACAACACGCACGAGACUCAAGCCAGUGACUUUUCGCCAGACUCGCAGGACCAAGGGGACACCGACUGAAAAUGUGCUUUCGUGCUUUUUGUGUAGACACCGAUCGAAUUCGAAGAAAAUUUUGCGAGAUCGAGAGAAGCCACAUUAA